AUGGAAGUGUACCAGGACCAGGAGGAGUGGUCAAAAGUAAAAGACAAAAUGCUAGAAACAUUUUUAAAGCACCAAAACAACUACUACCACGGAAGAAUGGAGCAUGGCAAUAUGCCUGCAUCCAAUAACCCACUAAUUCGCAGUCUCCAAGACAAGCGCUCACCUCUCCCCCAGCAACAUUGGUUCGGUACAAUCGACCAUCCUCAACUUGUAGCCGAUACAUUUAGCAGAGCAGUGGCUGUAUAUUGGAAUACUCCAAUUGAAACAGGCGACUGUCUUUUUGUUCCAUUUGCUACCUUGCCAGAAAAAGUGGAACCGAUAAUUAUUAUCUUAGAUUUCUUCAAUUUGCUCGCUUUUGCAUGUCUUAUCAGUGUCCAAUUUGCUGGUGCACGCCCUGAAGGAAAGUUGGCAUCGUAUAUGGACUUUUUGGUGCAAAUAGCCCAAAAUGAAUUAACUACUUAUGCGCAUAAGAUUCUUUUGCUUAACUCGUUUGGAGAUAUACCUGAUUUUGAGCGUUUAAUUCGCCAUUUUGAUCUAAAUGAUCUUCUUUUGUUAAACAGUUCUUCAUUUCAGUGGGAAGUCCAACAACCUUAA